UCCCUGUUAAAAGGGUGUUUUCCUGCCACUGUCUCCUUAGGGCUGCUCUGGGGUUCAGGCAUAUGGGUUCUGUAAAGCGUCUUGAGACAAUUUGACUGCAAUUGGCGCUAUAUAAAUAAAAUCGAACUGAAUUGAAAAUAACUUUAUUCGGACCGGAAGUCGGCGUGACCAAGAUGGCAGCUUAGCGGCGGAGCUCCGACACCGUGUUUUAACCUUUUUUUUUUUUUUUUUUUUUUUUUUUUUUUAAAGAAACCCUUAUAACUGCUAUCAUCUCAUAAGAAAGAAGUGACAAGGUCAUCCCAAAACCACUAGGCGGAAAGCAGUGUGAACUUUUCAGGUGCUAACCCAAUCCAGUUGAGCCCUCCGAGCAGCUCAGAUGCUAACACGGCUAGUGCUAAUAUGGCUGCCAUUGAAGAAGAGUUGUGCGAACUCAGGUCACAAUUUAGAACAAGAUUCGAUGUCGUCGACCAGAAGCUGGUGGAUAUGACAAACAUUCUCACAACACUGAAGGACACAGUUAAAGAGAUAAAACAAGACGUGGUGAGCAACACAGCCCACAUCGACCAGGCUGAGACCCGCAUUGAUGAGACAGAAACAGCCCUGAGAUCAGCCAUCAAACGAAUCUCUCUUCUGGAAGCAAAAACCGAAGACCUGUAGAACCGAGGUAGGAGGAAGAACUUGCGUAUCCUUGGAAUAAAAGGGAGCUGAGGGGACAGGGCCACUCACUGACUUUAUAAAGGAAAUGUUCCCAGCAUGGCUGAGGCUGUCACCGCAAAGACAUUGGCGUUAGAACGUGUUCACCGUACGCUGGCUCCCGGGAGACCGAACCAGAACAGCGGUAGUGGUGCCGUUCUCGCUGCUUCAAGAGAAGGAGUUUGUCUACCGGGAGAGUAGAAAGAAGGACAUGAAACACGACGGGCUAAAAAUCCCUUUUACUCAGGACCUUUCAGCAGAAACGGUACGUGCUCGGAGAGGAUUUCAACCCGUGAUAAAGAACUUUAUCGACAUCAGGGCCUUCCGGGUUUCAGUACAAUCCGUGCAAGCUCAGGAUUCUGUAUAAAGGCAAGAUUCACCUUUUUUCAACACUGCAGGAAGCCGAACAUUUCUACAAAGGAAUCCCGCAAGCAACGGCAGAUACCGAGGGAGUGUGUGUGUUGUAUAGUUUUACAGCGAUGACCUGCAUGUGAUCAGAACGUUGUUUACUUUGACAUAAAAAGAGACACGAACACUCACCUGGGUGUUGACGCUCAGCCAUUUGAACAAAAUCAGCAGCGUGACGCUCGAGUCGACAGUCGGCUGCAUCCUGGAGCUGCACAGGCGGACAGAUGGACCCAUCUGGUUCUGGAGGAUCCACUGAGGACCGACAUGCACAAAGUUCAACACAAUCAAAGAUCCGGACCAGAGAUCCUCAGUCUGUCUCGCUGUGCCGCCUGCUACAACCAGAAGUCUGACUCCACGUAUCGGUGGAGGAACGGCGGUGAGUCCAGCUCUUCUGAUGAAGCUUCUGGACCAGAGAUGGAGUCGGACGCAGAGUUUAGCUCCAGCAGCAGCAGCACUGAGGAUGUUGUAGCAGAAAAACCUGAGAGGAACUCACCUGUACCUGGAGACAAUGCUGAGGAUGAACCUAGAGGACAGGAUGGAACAUCGGAGAACCAGGAUGAGGAACAAAUGAUUAAAGAGGCGAGACCAAGAGCUCCAUUCAUCAGGUCUGUGUCGCUACCGUCCUCCUUCACUCCUCCAUUGUCUCGCCAUGAGAGGUUCAUCUCCACCCUCCAUCUGAAGGUGUUGUCUCUGAGUGACGACGAGGACGCCGUCUACUCCAUCUGCAAGGCAGAGGAAAAGGAAACCAAAAGAAAAGGAGGCAGGCUCAACAGUCUGAUUCCUCCAAUGCCAUUUCAGCAGAACCAGAUGGGGUUACCGUGGCAACAGGGGUCACAACCUACAUUACAGCAACAACAACCAUCAUACCAGUACCAACAACUACUACCACAUCAACACCAGCACCACCAACAACCACAUCAGUACCAACAACUACCACCAUAUCCCUGCCAGUACCAGCCACAACCACAUCCCCUCCUACAACAAUUACCACAUCAACACCAGUACCACCAUCAACAACCACCAUAUCCCUGCCAGUACCAUCAACAACCACCAUAUCCCUACCAGUACCAACAACUACCACCACACUAGUACCAACAACACCUAGCCUAGUAUCAACAACACCUACACUAGAACCAACAAUACCUAGCCUAGUAUCAACAACACCUACACUAGAACCAACAACACCUACACCACUACCAGCAACACCUACACCACUACCAACA